CCAUGCACACCAUAAAAGUGAGGUUAGGGAGCUUUGUUUUGAAACUCAUAGUCGGAAAAAUUCAAGAAAUUCUCCAAGGAAGAGGGGCUUUAGAUGUUUUAGAACCAUGAACAUCUCUAGGACAUUGAGACUCUUCAGCAAGCACCUAAAAUCCCCAAAGUCUCACAGUUCCUACAGCACAGAGAAGCCUUCCUGGCCACGGAAAAUCUUCUCAGGGAUUCAACCAACUGGAAGCCUUCACAUUGGCAACUAUUUGGGUGCAAUUUCCCGCUGGGUUGAGCUACAGAAUUCCGGAGAAGAUGUCACAUAUUGCAUUGUGGAUCUUCACUCAAUCACCUUGCCACAAGAUCCCAUCCGAUUGAGGGAUAAUAUUCUAAAUAUGACAGCAGCCCUCCUGGCUUGUGGGAUUGACCCGAAAAAGUCCACACUCUUCCUCCAGUCGGAUGUGAAGCAGCAUGCAGAAUUAGGAUGGAUUCUCGGAUGUCACACGACAAUGGCCCGCCUUGGCCACUUGCCCCAAUUCAAGGAAAAGUCUUCAAAGAUCAAAGAAAUCCCCCUGGGACUAUUUGUCUACCCAGUCCUUCAAGCAGCAGACAUCCUUCUCUACAAAGCAUCCCAUGUUCCCGUGGGUGAGGAUCAAGUGCAGCACCUUCAACUGGCUCAGCACCUUGCAAAGACCUUCAACACGAAAUUUGGCGCAACCUUUCCUCACUGCCAUGCCCUUGUGGCCAAUGAUUUGAGCAACAGGAUAAAGAGUUUACGAGAUCCUAGCAAGAAAAUGUCAAAAUCCGACUCAGAUCCCAAAUCAACUAUCUACCUGACCGAUUCCCCUGACACCGUGGCAGAUAAAGUCAAGAAAGCCAUCACUGACUUCACUUCCGAGGUGACUUUUGAUCCAGAAGUUCGUCCGGGAGUAUCAAAUCUCGUAACAAUCCACUCUCUGAUGAGUGGAAAAUCCCCUGAAGAGAUUUGUGCAAUGAACAAGGAUGUGGAUACGGGAAAAUACAAAGCAAGGGUGGCAGAGGCUGUAGUGGAGCACCUAAAUCCCAUCCGGAUGCGAAUUGAGGCCUUUUCCCGGCAUCCGGAAUACUUAUCUCAAGUACUGGAAGAAGGGGCUCAGAGAGCAAGCGAAAUCGCCGAAACGACAAUACAAGAAGUGAAGGAAAAACUAGGAUUGGGGAGACUAAGAGCCCCCAAGUCAAGAAAAAGUUUAGAAAAUUAAAAAGCGGAGGAAGAAAUAGCUUUUGUUUCAAGAAAUUAUAGAUUAAAUUUAUAAUUUGUUUUAUUCCACUUACCAAAUAUCAAGCCAAAUAUGAGGAAAUAGUUGAUUGGUAAUCCAAUAAAAAGAAAAAGCUUUUGGAAAA